UGUAGUCGCCAGCAGUUUGAAGGAAGGUCGAGGGAAAGACUGUUACUAUUAUUAUUGCUAGUUUUAGUGUAGUGUGACGGGUGGUGUGAGAUAAUGGUGCUGUUGAGGAGUACUGGUGCCUUUUGCGUGAGGGCUGUAUCACUGUUGUAAGGAUGAGUGACGUGAAGCAACACAAGGAUACUGAUAAAGUCGUCCAUUCUACUCCUGCUACGGAGUGCCGACGCGUCCCCGGUAAUGGCCACUUCACCCUGAACACACUCGGUGAGGCUCGUGUUGCUGUAACUUCACACCCUGCACCAAUAAUGGCAGAUCUUGAAUUUGUGGAUGCAAGAUCACAGGAAUCUGCUGCUGAGGAAUUCCGUUUAUCCCCAGUUCUGAAAAGUCACAGAAGGAGAGUUAAUAAGAUGAGAAUAACUCACAGCCACAAACCUACAUGUAGCCACAAUACUACAGUUGUAGUUGUUGACCAUCAGCUCUCAGGAGGGAGCACACUACCUGAGUCUGCUCACCCCUCAACAUUAGAUAAUACUGUGUUAAAAGUAGUUGACUCACCUGUGUUGGACAGCAGACACAUGUUAUCACCUCGCCCACAAACAUCUAAUAGUGAAGCUAGUAAUACACGCUCCCCAUUUAUAAAUCAUGAUGACUGUCCUAGUAAACCUUGACUUUGAACAAAUAGAUUCUCUGUGUCUGUCAAUGGAAUCUACUCCAAAGAGAAAAUUAUCAAAAAACGAAUCUAAAAAAACUCCCCUGUCAGACAGAAGCGUAAAUUCUUGUCAAUAUGAUGUGCACACAACACCACACAGGACCCGAGCCACAACACCGCACAGGACCUGCCACCAACAAAGAUGUCGGGGGUAAAAGGAAAGAUGCAGAAGAACGCAAUAAAGGGAGAGAGAAGACCGGUGUUGAGGUUCACCAAUUACCUUGUGUUAAGAAUAUUUCUAAAAGAUUCUGUCAGAACCCUAAAUGUGAUGUGAGUGUUGUAGCAGAAAGUAGUAGUGGUGGUGAGAGGGAACAACAGCAGCUCCCUGGCAGGUCCUCCCCUGAUAUAUUUGAUGAUGAACUUCUGACAGAUUCAUUUAGUGUCAAAAUCUCUGACUCCUUUGAUGAAGAAUUAUGCCAGAUGGAAGAAGGAUAUUAUAGCAAAUGUGAUAAAAACAUAGUGAAGCUUGGGGAAGGAAGUGGUGUUAAGUCUCAAGAUUCCGAGUUAAGCUUUGCCAGCACUCUGGACUCUCAGCCAUUAAUUGGCAGAUUUAACAACAGAAUACAACAAUUAACUCCAACACAGCCGCCAGGUGGUGUUAUGAGUGAGCGAGAGCGGAGAGAGGCGGCCGUGGCAGCAGCACUGGAGGAGGCAGCCAAAACCCGGACCUCACAGGAAGGGUUCCAGCUGGGACCAUAUUUUGGUCUUCCGUCCAAGGUUGCUCAAGUCAUCAGGGAACAUCGAGGCAUUUCAGACUUGUAUGAUUGGCAAGAAGAGUGUAUAAAUGAAGGGAGCAAGUCAAGGAACCUGUUGAUCUGUAUACCUACAAGUGGUGGCAAGACGCUGGUCGCCGAGAUACUCAUGUUGAGAUGUUUACUCCUCAUGAAACGUGAUGUGAUCUUUAUCCUGCCAUAUGUGGCUCUGGUGCAGGAGAAGGUACGAGGUUUGUCACCCUUUGGUGUUGAGUUGGGAUUCCUCGUUGAAGAAUAUGCUGGGAGCCGAGGCAGCUUUCCCCCCAAAACCAGACGGAAGAA